AUGUCCGUCACUGCUCCCUUUCCUCCACUCGCCCUCCAGGACCACCGCCGCCCUUCGUAUCCAGACGACAUGAGCUCCACCUCGUCGAGCUCGUCCGUCAGUGAGCAAGACCAAGCCCGCCACGUCGACGAGGACCCCUCGAAGCUGUCGUCGCGCCCGCGCCUGGGCAGCAGGAAGUCGAGCGGCACCAUCAUAAUACCGCGCGACAGCCCCCACGUCGAACUCAAGGAGGAGGAGUACGACGACGGCGACGCCAGGACCAUGAGCCCUCGGCGCAGCAGCGAGGAGAUUGAGAAGAUGGGCCAGGAGGCCCGCCAGGCCUUGAUAGAACAAGCCAAGGCUCUGCAAGCCAGCCUGAUGGAAAUCGUGGACCGUGUCGAGAUUGUCAAGUCGGAACACGAGAAGCUCGAGGGUGGCAACAAGUUCCUCCAAUC